ACUUAGCUCAGUAUGGAAGGCAACAGCACCGAAACUCGGCCCCAAGCGGCAAACGGUGCGUCGACAAAUGGCAGUUCAACAGAUAAGCAGACGCUAUAUGCAGUGCUGCAGUACCUUCGCAAGAACAAUCUGAAGGAAACUGAAACUCUGUUAAAGAAAGAGGCAAAUAUCCAAGAUGAUGAUGUUCCCAAAGAACAGCAGUCACAAAAUGCUUCGGAAGUUUCACAGGCCCUGGCUGCAUACAAGAGUGAAGGAGACCCAUCCCUCUAUGAGGAUUUCUAUACAAAUUUAAAGAACUUUGUAGAACAAUCAUUGGAUACAUACAAGGGUGAACUGGCUGCACUGCUAUACCCAGUGUUUGUACAGAUGUAUCUGGAAUUGAUAUAUAAUGGGCAUGAAGUAGCAGGCCAAAUAUUUUUCAUAAAAUUCUCUCAAGAACAAGAAAGCUAUUAUGAAGAUGAUCUCAUCAAGUUGUCAACAGUCUCUAAAAAAGAGCAUAUGCAGGGAAACCAGCUCAUGGAAAGCUUCAGAACUAGCAGAUUUGUCAUCAGAAUGUCAAGGGAGUCCUACACACAACUAAAAAGGUACCUCCAAGAGAAGAAACAAGCGCUUUUAUUAAAUAUCAUACAAGAACGCCUAUUUAUUGAUGUGUAUGAUGGUUUACCAAGAACCAAGCAGCAGAUAGAUGUCACAUCUGGAGGGAUGUCUGGGGAAGCCAGGAGAGAAGCCAACAAGUCCAAGGUUCUGUAUGGGCUUCUGAAGGAACCUGAUAUAAACAUAUCCUUGGAUGAUGAUGAUGAUGCAGAUGGAGAGGAUAAAGAUAAACCUAAGAAAAAGAAACAAAAGAAAGAUCUGCUGUCCAUGAAGAAAUCAAAAAAUGACCCAAAUGCUCCCAGUAACACAAGGAUACCCCUUCCUGAACUCAAAGACACAGACAAAAUAGAAAAAGCCAAUGCAUACAAGGAAGCCUUGAAGAGAGUUAAAAUAACACAAGAGAAUAAACCAUCUAUUUGUUUUUACACUUUGUUGAAUUCUUAUGAAAACACAACAUCAAUAGAAAUUAGUGAAGACUCCAGCAUUCUCAGUGCAGGUUUCAGUGAUGCUGUGAUCAAAGUUUGGUCAACAACCCCCAAUAAGUUGCGGUGUAUGAAGACUGGUGUGGAAUUGGAUAUGAUUGACAAGGAUGUUGAUGAUGUAUUAGAAAGAAUGAUGGAUGAUAGAACAGCCUCAGAAUACAAGACUCUAUGUGGCCACAGUGGGCCAGUUUAUUCCACCAGUCUCAGCAUGGAUAAAAACUUUCUUGUCUCAAGUUCAGAGGAUGGAACAGUAAGACUGUGGAGCCUAUUGACAUGGAGUAAUUUAGUAUGCUAUAAAGGACACAUUUCUCCAGUGUGGGAUGUGACAUUUAGUCCACAUGGUCACUACUUUGCCUCUGCCAGUCAUGAUAGAACAGCACGGCUGUGGGCCACAGAUCAUUAUCAGCCUCUUAGGAUCUUUGCAGGCCAUUUGUCAGAUGUAGAUAGUAUACAGUUUCACCCUAACAGUAAUUACAUUGCCACAGGAUCCAGUGAUCGCACUGUAAGACUGUGGGAUGUUCUAGGGGGCAAUUGUGUAAGAAUACUCACGGGACACAAGGGUGCUAUUCACUGUUUGCGGUUUUCACCUGAUGGAAGAUAUCUAGCUUCAGCAGGUGUAGAUAAAACAAUUUUAUUGUGGGAUCUGGCUAAUGGGACCUUAGUAGGCCAGUUGAAGGGUCAUACUGGCACUAUCUACUCAUUGAGUUUCAGUAGAGAUGGUUCAGUUUUAGCCUCGGGUGGCAUGGAUAACUGUGUGAAACUAUGGCAAGUUUCGAAAGUCUUCAAUAGUCAGGACAGUGAAGGGGAUCUAAAUGUUCCAGCAAAUGUAGACUUAAAUGAGAAUUAUGAAUUUGGAUCAUAUCAAACAAAGGCAACACCAGUGCUGUGUACGCAUUUCACAAGAAGAAAUUUGUUGUUAGCUAGUGGGCCAUAUACUCCCUCAUGACAAAGGCCACUACUACUCUCAGAUUGCACAGAUUUUGGUGCAUUUGAACAGACAUCGGUCCCACUCCUGGCAGGAGUGACCCAUAUUAUAAACAUCUUAUCUGUGUUGAACCACAUUCUAGGAGCACUGGGUGCCUUGCACAGACUACUACAGUGGUUUAAUAGGACAGAUAAGGGGGGAGACACUAUGAUAAACAAAGACCAAAUGAGUCCCAUAAUUCUGGGAUUAUUUUUCUUUAAAAAAAUUAUGUAUUACAGCAGAUUAAUUUUUGUACCAGGAGUGCUUUCUUUUGUAUGUUUUGUAUAUCAGGUACCAUAAAAU